UUUUUUCUUCGCUGUUUAUGCCUCUUGGAUAAACGGCUUAACCUGCCCACCUACACAACAUAUUACCACCUAACCUCUUAACCAACCUACCUGAACUUCAAACCUACAGAAGGGAGGUGGCCUAGAUUAGGUACCUCGCGUUCCCUUCAGGUACUUAGGGUGGACCCUGAGUUCGUGCAGGAGAAGCGCCUGCGGCAUCGUGCAUCUCCGUACUCUGGCGGUACCUCUCUAAAACUGGCUUACUCAACAGCGUUGCGGAGGGCUGCCGGAGCGGUGGUCGGCGAGAUGCCCCACCGAAUACUCAGCACCAGCACAUCCUCCCCCGCAGCUCGCGCCUCGAUUAUAUCGCGGCACCUCCUGGGCGGUGUCCAAUCUUCUGCCCAUUCCACUCUUUCCAGCAACACCCUCCCCAUCCAGAGCCGUGCCAUCUCCUCCACCUCGCCCUCCACCUCGCCCUCCGCCAACAUGUCCUCGCAACCAGAGCACCCCACCCUGCUCAUUCCGGGCCCCAUCGAGUUUGACGAUGCCGUCUUGCAGUCCAUGAGUCACUUCAGCGAGUCCCAUGUCGGCCCGGGAUUCGUCGCGACCUUUGGCGAGGCCCUAUCCAUGUUGCGCAAGCUCUUCCAGACCACCUCGCCGACCUCGCAGCCCUUCGUCAUCUCAGGAUCCGGUACGCUCGGCUGGGACUUGGUCGCGGCAAACCUCGUCGAGCCCGGCGAAGAGGUGCUGGUUCUUAGCACCGGCUACUUCAGCGACGGUUUUGCCGACUGCCUCAAGAUCUACGGCGCGAAUGUCGACCUCCUCAAAGCGCCCGUGGGCGCCCGCCCGCAAUUGCCCGAGAUCGAACAGGCAUUAAAGAGCAAGAAGUACAAGGCGGUUACGGUGACACACGUUGAUACGUCGACAGGCGUGCUAAGCGAGCUAUCCAAGCUCUCCGAGACGGUACAACGGGUUUCGCCCGACACGCUUCUCAUCGUCGACGGCGUCUGCAGCGUGGCCAGCGAGGAGAUCGACUUCGACGCGUGGAGACUUGACGGCGUAAUAACGGCAAGCCAAAAGGCUAUCGGCUGCCCCGCGGGCUUGUCUAUCUCGAUGUUUAGCGGAAAGGCGAUGGAGGCCUUCAAGGCGAGAAAGAGCCCGCCCGGGUCUUACUUUGCUUCUAUGAAGAACUGGACACCGAUCAUGCAGAACUACGAGGCCAAGAAGCCGUCGUACUUUGCGACUCCCUCGCCGCAGCUCGUCCACGCCCUCCACACGGCACUCUCCCAGAUCCUCGUUAAGCCCCUCUCGGACAGGUUUGCCAGGCACCAGGAGGUAUCGGACAAGAUUAAGCAGGCGGUGGCGCAGUUGGGCUUGAAGCAGGUUGCACUUAACCCGGACGACCAGGCUCACGGCAUGACUGCCAUCUACUUGCCUGAAAUGGUCAAGGCCACAGAUUUGCUUCCAAAGCUUGCCAAGAGCGGCGUUGUGUUCGCCGGGGGUAUCCAUAAAGAAAUCGCGGCCAAAUACGUGCGGUUCGGGCAUAUGGGCGUCAGUGUGACCGAUCCCGCGAGAACGGACAUCGACAAGGCAAUAGCUGCGCUGGAAACCGGCCUAGCCGAGUGUGGUUAUCAGAAGGCAUAACGGUCUCACAUAGCCCUCCAUGCCGAUCACUAGUGCGUGUCUUCUCACUAGACGAUAGUAGCGCGCAAGAGCGGCAGCGGUUUUCUGAGACCUACCAUUCUCGAUGAGGUAUUGGUUGGGUCCCAAAGGGUGGCGCGUCAUCGUCUCCAAGUUAAGAGAUGCGCGCAGAAAAGUAGCAUACGUGUAACGCUCGGGGGAUAAGAGAAGGGGGCAAAAAGAGGGAAUACAGAAAAACAAAGGAGGAAGCGGCGCUUCGAACACCACCUGAUUAAGCAUUCGCCUCAUUCGGCGAAACAAAUGUGAUAUGUCCUCGCCCACGUCGCCAG